CCACUAGCUCCGCUCCGACGCGCUUCUCUCCAGAUACUCCGGGAGCUCCAGCCGCGCGGAUCAGGCGCUCCCACCGUUCUGUACCCAAACUUCAGCUGCAGCUACAUUCCAAGCCACCUAAUUUAUUCCUCAAAAAUCAGAAACGGAGCCGCGACACGGGGAAGGAGUCCGCGGAGGAGUAAAACAACAGCAGAGCAAGAAGAGCUCCAGAGAGCUGCCUCACAGGAGCAACAGCUAGGCAUCGGUUGUGUAGGAACCAACAAGUGAGAAGGCGCCGCGUUCCCGGGGCGCAGCCGCAGGCGCAGCAGGAGGAAGCGAGAGCCCGGAGCCCGAGCUCCCGAGCCCGAGCCGCGGUCGCUGCGGCUGCUCUGCUCCGGUCCUUCUGCGCAGACUGCGCCGGGCGCUGGGCGAGAGACUUCUUUUUUCCCUCGUUGUAAAGCGGCGGCUGGGAGCAGCCGGUCCCCGGGGAAUAUGCGGCGCGCUUGGAUCCUGCUCACCUUGGGCUUGGUGGCCUGCGUGUCGGCGGAGUCGCGGGCAGAGCUGACGUCUGAUAAAGACAUGUACCUUGACAACAGCUCCGUUGAAGAAGCUUCGGGAGUGUAUCCUAUCGAUGACGAUGACUAUGCUUCUGCAUCAGGCUCGGGAGCUGAUGAGGACGGAGAGAGUCCAGAGCUGACCACAUCUCGACCCCUUCCAAAGAUUCCGUUCACUAGUGCUGCUCCCAGAGUGGAAACCACAACUCUGAACAAGAUACAGAAUAAGAUCCCCGCUCAGACAAAGUCACCUGAAGAAAUUGAUAAGGAAAAAGUUCACCUCUCUGACUCAGACAGGAAAAUGGACCCAGCUGAAGAGGCUACAAAUGUGUAUACUGAGAAGCACUCAGACAAUCUGUUUAAACGAACAGAAGUCCUGGCAGCUGUCAUCGCUGGCGGAGUUAUCGGCUUUCUCUUUGCAAUUUUCCUUAUCCUGCUGUUGGUGUAUCGCAUGAGAAAGAAGGAUGAAGGAAGUUAUGACCUUGGAGAACGCAAACCAUCCAGUGCUGCUUAUCAGAAGGCACCUACUAAGGAGUUUUAUGCGUGAAAACUCCCAUUUAGUGUCUCUAUUUAUGAGAUCACUGAACUUUUAAAAAUAAAGCUUUUGCAUAGAAUAAUGAAGAUCUUUGUUUUUUUUUUGUUUUUUUUCAUUAAAGAGCCAUUCUGGCACUUUAAUGAUAAAAUCCCAUUGUAUUUAAAACUUUUCAUGUAUUUCUUUAGAACAACAUAAAAAUUCAAAUUUAACAUCUGCAGUGUUCUGUGAAUAGCAGUGGCAAAAUAUUAUGUUAUAAAAACCCUCAAUGUUCAUGGAAUCGGUUUAAACUUUUAUGUGCAAACAUGAAAAGAUUGUUUUUAUCCUACGGUUUGAAGAUGAAAGCUGUUUCAUUUGAGUCUGCAUGUCUCAGAUUGACCUUACCAAGUUCGUCUUACUUUGUUAAUUUAUCUGUCGUUCCCCUCUGCUUUGCUCGCCCCUC